UCUUGGAUAGGGAGAUCCAAGGCUUAAUUCCCUCUCCUUAGGGUAUUUGAUUUCCCAUGAUGAAGAAGCCUAACAAAGGUAGCAUCACCACCACCAUUGCUACUACAUAUAAGCUUAGGAAAGGGUUGUGGUCGCCGGAGGAAGACGAGAAGCUCAUCAACUACAUGCUAACCAGUGGCCAGGGUUGUUGGAGCGACGUAGCUCGAAAUGCCGGCCUGCAAAGGUGCGGCAAAAGCUGCCGUCUCCGGUGGAUCAAUUACUUGAGACCCGAUCUCAAACGAGGCGCCAUUUCGCCGCAGGAGGAAGAGCUUAUCGUGCAUUUGCAUUCCAUUCUUGGCAACAGGUGGUCUCAAAUUGCGGCUCGCCUGCCUGGUCGUACCGACAAUGAAAUAAAAAACUUUUGGAAUUCAACCAUAAAGAAGAGGCUAAAGAAUCUGUCUUCCACCCCCUCACCAAACGCCAGCGAUUCAUCGACACCGGACCCCAACAGAGAUUCCGUGGCGGUUGGCGGGUUCAUGUCGAUGAAAGAACAAGCGAUUCUUCCCACGUACAUCGAUUUAUCAUCGACUUCGUCCAACUCUUCCUUGCAAUCCGUGGUCUUGAAUCCAACCGGAACCAUGUUCGGCGCCACCGCCGGGUACUUCGUCGACGUAAACAGCAACGGUUUCUACGGUGAAAACGAGAUGUUCGGUUGCACCGACAACGGGGAGGAAUUAUAUAUCCCUCCUUUAGAAUCAAUCGGAGAUAACCUUCAAACGGAGAAUACAUUCGAUAGCAACGUCAUCGCCGCCGCGAACGAUAACAACAUUAACAACAACCCUUUUAGUGUCAUAAACAACAACAUCAAAUCGGAGAACGUAACGGCCAACGGGGAUUUUUGGUUAGGAGAAGAGCUUAAAGUUGGGGAAUGGGAUUUGGAGGAUUUGAUGAAAGAUGUUUCUUCCUUUCCAUUACUUGAUUUCCAAAGCUGAAUAAUUAAACAUUUAGGUCAAAAAUUAAAUAAACCCUAUAGUCCAUUUCCAAACCUUAAACCCUGUCUGUUUGAUAGCGAAAACACUACAAA